ACUUGUAGUAUCAGACGUUAUAACAUGGGGCUCACGAAGCAGUACCUACGCUAUGUUGCCAGUGCAGUCUUUGGCCUUAUUGGCAGCCAAAAAGGUAAUAUUGUCUUUGUGACCCUUCGUGGUGAAAAAGGACGCUAUGUGGCAGUACCAGCCUGCGAACACGUUUUCAUCUGGGACUUAAGAAAAGGAGAGAAGAUCCUCAUCCUUCAGGGGCUUAAACAAGAAGUCACUUGCUUAUGUCCCUCCCCAGAUGGGCUACAUUUAGCUGUUGGUUAUGAGGAUGGGUGUAUCCGAAUCUUCAGUCUCCUAAGUGGGGAAGGAAAUGUGACCUUCAAUGGACACAAAGCAGCCAUCACUUCCUUGAAGUAUGAUCAGCUAGGGGGCAGGCUGGCUUCCGGGUCCAAGGACACAGAUACUAUUGUGUGGGAUGUGAUCAAUGAAAGCGGCCUCUACCGUCUAAAGGGGCACAAGGACGCCAUCACACAAGCACUGUUUCUACGAGAAAAGAAUCUGCUAGUUACUAGUGGGAAAGAUACCAUGGUGAAAUGGUGGGACCUUGAUACCCAGCACUGCUUUAAAACGAUGGUUGGCCACCGAACUGAGGUGUGGGGGUUAGUGCUGGUGUCAGAAGACAAGCGACUCAUCACUGGGGCUUCCGACAGUGAGCUGAGGGCUUGGGAUAUAGCCUAUCUACAGGAGGUGGAAGACUUAGAAGAACCAGAGCCCAAGAAAAGCAAAGGGUCUUCCCCUGGAAUACAGGACACACAUGAGCCUGAGGAUGGCAACCCAGAGACAGAUGAAACUCCAGAGGAUCGCAUCCUUACAUGCAGAAAAGCUGGUUCCAUCAUGCGGGAGGGAAGGGACAGAGUUGUGAACCUUGCGGUCGACAGGACAGGCAGGAUUCUAGCUUGCCACGGAACCGAUUCUGUGCUAGAAGUGUUCUGCAUCCUUUCCAAAGGAGAAAUUCAGAAGAAAAUGGAUAAGAAGAUGAAGAAAGCUAGAAAGAAAGCAAAAUUAAAUUCUUCCAAAGGGGAGGAGGAAGACCUUGAAGUCAAUGUCGAAAUGACUCUGCAAGAUGAAAUCCAACGGGUGACUAAUAUCAAAACUUCUGCCAAAAUCAAAUCCUUUGACUUGAUUCAUUCACCUCAAGGAGAGUUGAAGGCAGUCUUCCUGCUGCAGAACAACUUGGUGGAGUCAUAUUCGCUGCACCCAUCCACGCCUGCUCCUCAGCCUGUCAGGACAAGUAGAAUCACCAUCGGGGGUCAUCGCAGUGAUGUGCGGACCCUGUCUUUCAGCUCUGACAACAUUGCUGUCCUUUCAGCCGCGGCAGAUUCCGUGAAAAUAUGGAACAGGGCCACAUUACAGUGUAUCCGCACGAUGACCUGCGAAUACGCGCUGUGCUCGUUCUUCGUACCUGGUGAUAGGCAGGUGGUCAUAGGAACAAAGACAGGAAAGCUGCAGCUUUAUGACUUGGCCUCAGGAAAUCUGCUGGAGACAAUAGACGCACAUGAUGGAGCUUUAUGGUCCUUGUCUCUCUCUCCAGAUCAGCGUGGCUUUGUGACAGGUGGUGCAGAUAAAUCUGUCAAGUUCUGGGAUUUUGAGUUGGUAAAAGAUGAAAAUAGUACCCAGAAGAGACUUUCUGUGAAGCAAACCCGAACCUUGCAACUAGAUGAAGACGUCCUGUGUGUCAGUUAUUCUCCCAACCAAAAACUGUUGGCUGUGUCUUUGCUGGACUGUACUGUGAAAAUUUUCUAUGUUGACACUUUAAAGUUUUUUCUUUCACUCUAUGGACACAAACUGCCUGUUAUAUGCAUGGACAUUUCUUAUGAUGGAGCACUAAUAGCAACAGGCUCUGCUGACAGGAACGUGAAAAUCUGGGGUUUGGACUUUGGGGACUGCCACAAGUCUCUCUUUGCACACGAUGACAGUGUGAUGUACCUACAGUUUGUGCCCAAGUCCCACCUCUUCUUCACCGCUGGGAAGGACCAUAAGAUUAAGCAGUGGGAUGCGGACAAAUUUGAACACAUACAGACUCUGGAGGGGCACCACCAGGAAAUCUGGUGCUUGGCCGUAAGCCCCAAUGGAGACUAUGUUGUGUCAUCGUCGCAUGACAAAUCCCUGAGACUUUGGGAGAGAACAAGGGAGCCUCUUAUUCUUGAGGAAGAAAGGGAGAUGCAAAGGGAAGCAGAAUAUGAGGAGAGUGUGGCCAAAGAAGACCAACCUGUA